CUCAGUCAUGAUACAUAUGGUCUUGCUUGUCGCGCCAUCUGGAGAGUGUCAGACGAAGACAGGGAGCUGGCAAAAAAUCAAAUUUGUUCCAAGAGACUACAACUGGACGACCAAAUUGUUGCCAUGGAUGGGGUGCAAUUUUUCAUCUUGUGCAUCACAAUGGUUGAAACAAAUGCCGACGAGGACGAUGAGGCUACUAGUGAUGAUCCAACAAUUUUUCCAGGUUUGGCGUACUUCAUUGUUUUCCGCGAGACAUCCAAGUGCAUGAAGGAGACAAUAUUUGCUGCACUUCACUAUGCCGAUAUGGAACCAACAAUAACCGAAAUCAAGACACGCAAUACCAGAGGUUUGACACAGGUUGAAACAGCAGUGUGCAAGAUUGCUCAGGUUGUUAAAGACCAUAACGACACCGCAACCAAAAACAUGGUGAUUGCAUCCAACCUCUUUUGCCGUUCGGUACGUCGUGCAAGAGAAAUAGAGGACGAAAACAUCAAUUGA